AUGCAUAGAAUAGUUGUGCCCAAGCAGUCUUCCGCUCAUCGUUUCGCAACACUUCUCCGACAAUGCGCCAAACUACCACAAUGUCCCUCCGAACUCGCUGCGUGCAAGCCAUACAUUCAGAAUAGAUUCAACAGAUACAAAACGCUUCAGAGUCCAUCUCAAACAGCCAACUCUCUGAAGGCAGGCUACGAGGCUCUUGACCUAUUGUACUCAGCAUCACAAGGCGACCAGAAUGGUGUUCAACGGAUAAGGAAGCUCAUAUCGGAGAGCGAAUCAUCAAAGCGACAAAAAUCUGAAUGGCACAAGGAACGAGCUAAGGUUAUUCCGGUAAAGCCCGUUAGCCGGAAGGAGCUGAAGAAAGAGGCAAACAAACGGUACCGAUUAUUGACUGCGAAACGGCAUCCGGAUGCCACCUCUAUUCUUGCACGUCCUCGGCCUGUGGUCAAUGGGAAGCGUCGAGUUCCUGUACUCGUGAAUGCGCGUGGUUUCCCAUUUUUACUCAUCAAGAAGCCCCAGCCCAAGUUCCUUAGCGCCGUAUUGGACUCGAAACUCAAAAGACGCUGGAAGAGGAUGGAGCGCCUAAAGAGGCUCGAGUCUGAACUGCCGAUGGCCAGGGAUGAGGAUGAAUGGGACUUAUUAACUGGUCAUAAAGAAGAAGCAAGGUGGUCUGGGCCUGUUAGAGCAUCACUCAAAGAGGUACAGGGACAAAUAUCAGAAGGCGAUCGGAAGACCAAGGAACUGGCGCAAGCUAUGUGGAAAGUCGUCCUUGAGGAGCGCAAAUUGGCGGAACAAGAGGAAAAGCAACGGGUUGAACAAGCCAAGCAAUCAGCGGAAGAGAAAGAGAAUCCACCAGCAGGGGAGCAGGAUAAGAAACAGUCGACACUCUGUCCUUAUGGGCCCAAAGCCGUCACAUCAAGCCACCACGCUGCCACUUCUCCGGCAUUUCACUUGCCCCUUACAACGGGUCAAGGCUACCAACAUAGUGCGCUUGGAAAUGGAAGGUAUGGCAUCAAUAUCGCUUCCAUCUUCUAUGCGAAAUCAGACAAAUGCUGCCGUAGGCUUACUGCACAUCAGCACUUCUUGGUUGGCUAUCAACUACCCAACGCCAACCCGCUAGCUUGCCAGUCAUCCAGCCAAAUUUGUUUGCAAUAUAGUAAUUCUCAAGAGAUCCCAGCCUCUAAUGGCUUGAUAUUCAUCAAGCACGGAAUUGAAUUCUCGUAA